CCCCACAUCUCCUGUCUUCCCUCUCCUCAGACCGGUUCUCCUCUCCCGAGACACAUACAGCAGUUUCACUACCUGCUGUGGCCAGACCAUGGGGUCCCCAGCAACGCGGCCCGGCUCCUGCAGCUGGUGGAGAUGGUGAAUGACAGGGCGUCGGAGGCGCUUGCUGGCCCCGUGCUCGUGCACUGCAGUGCAGGGAUCGGCCGCACAGGCACCUUCAUCGCCCUGGACAUCCUCCUGAAGAUGGCGCGAGCUGAGGGCAGCGUGGAUGUUUUCCGCUGUGUGCAGAGGCUGCGGGAGCAGCGGGUCAGCAUGGUGCAGACGAAGGAGCAGUACAUCUUCCUCUACGAGGCGCUGCUGGAGGGGCUGUUGUGCGGGAACACCGGGGUCCUGGCGGACAGUGUCCCCACCCACAUCAGCCGCCUGCGCCAGCCUGAUGCCCAGUCGCAGAGCAACGGGUUCUCGCGGGAGUUCAAGGCCUUGCAGAAGUUUUCCGAACUCUUCCAGCUCUCCCCGUGCGAGGAGGCCCAGCAGCCCAGCAACCAGCCCAAGAACCGCAAGCCGACCAUCCUGCCAGCGGAUUGCAACCGCCCCAUCCUGAUGUCCUCGCUGAAGGCGGACGGCUCGCCUGGCUACAUCAACGCGGUGUUUGUGGGGACAUACGUGGAAGAAGACAACGUCAUUGUCACCCAGCUGCCACUCAGGGAGACGCUGGUGGAUUUCUGGGCCCUGCUCUGGGACUACACCUGCACCAUGCUGGUCAUGCUGAACCGCCUCGAGGAGCUGGACCAGACAUACCCGGCCUUCUGGCCUGCGCAUGGAGAGGCAUCUUACGGCCGUUUCCACGUCGAGCUGAUCUCGGAGGAGCCGGGAGCUGGCUUCACCAUCCGCACACUCGCUGUAACCAAUAGGCAACAGCCCAAGAAGCCUGCACGGGAGAUCAGGUUGUGGCAAGUAGACGACUGGCCCAUGCAGCAGCAGCUCCCCCCACACCCUGCCACCAUCAUCAGCCUGCUGGGGGAGGUGGAGCGGAGCCAGCGGACGAGCCAGGACAGCCAUGUUCUCGUCACUUGCUGCAGCGAUGCCGUCAAUCUUGGCAGCGUCCUGCAGGAUCUCCCGGAUGUGUCCUCGGAGCUGGUCCGGUGCCACGACACGAGCCGCGUCCCUCGGCGUGCCGAGGUGUUGGAUACGACCUGCCCCUCGGCCAAGCGGGAACGACGGGCUCGCCCCUGGAUCUGGAGCUCCGUCGCCAGCACUGAGUCUCUUUUGCUCAUCAGAUCGAUGUUGAGGGACGCGCACUUUUGGCAUUGA